CAAAGUCAAGGUUAAAUCUCGCACGUGAGACAACUAUGUCAAGAAAACUAUCAAUUCUUCUAUUAAAUACUGCUUUCAAACGACACAUAUGCACAACAAAUAUACUUUUUAGUGGAUUUAACAAAGGGAAAAAGCCUUUUGAUCCAAGAUUUCCUAUAUCUACUAAAGAUGCUAGUCGAUUUAAAGAAGGCGGUAGUGAAUAUAUGGAACAACAAUUAGGAGAUACAGAAAAUACCCCCCAAUUGCAAGGGUAUAUCGAUGAGAAUGGAAAAUUUGUCCACGUCCCAGAAAUGGUUCCUGAGUUUGUUGUUCCCGAUCUAACUAAUUUCAAGUUAAAACCUUAUGUAUCCUACAAAGUUGAAGAUGUUAAACAAAGUGAGCUUACAGAAGAAAAACUAUUUAUCGCAACAAUGGGAAGAGAUAUUGUUAAUAAUGUUAAAAGUGGUAAAAUGACUAUUGAAGAUGUUGAAAAACUUUUAGAAAAACAAAAAGAAGAAUUUGAUAAAUCAAAAGAUACAAUUUUAUAAAAUUUUCUCUCAUUUUCUUCCAUUAAUAAUAAUACAAAACAAUUUAAUAUUUACUAAUGCAGAUUUAAGAUGGAAAAUUAUCAACUUCCGUUGUAAAGUCUCUUUAAACAAAAGUCUUUUAUCUCCUUUCUGAAUUAUGCUGUCGAGUACGGAGAAGCUGGCAUUUUAUUUCAUUAAUUCAAUUUUUGUUUCCUUUUACUCAUUCAUCUCUGUCUCUCUGUCUCUCUCUCUCUCUCUCUUGCUCGCUCGCUCUCUGCUAAUCUACUAUUUGACAUUGUAAACUAGGUACUUUCAACUAAAAAUAUGGAAAACAUAAGAAAACGAGGUUAAAACUUGAAAGAGGAUAAAUGUAAUGAUAUGACAAUAUGACAAGCUUAGCAUUAAAGCUCUAAAGUACGAAAAUCAUAAGAUACAAAAUACACCUAAUCAGAUUCAAAAUGCAAGAGUAAUAAGAUUACAAGAUGUUAUAGGAGUAUCUACAAAAUAUGGGAGGAAGAGGUAAAAGAAAAUAAAUUUUAGCAUGAAUAAGUACGAUAGCUCGUUUUAUAGAUUAUUAAAUUUUUUUCUAUGGUAUUAAUCGC